UAACUCUUGCAGGAGAGGUGCGCGAGUACUCAGCUGGAAAAAUGCUGCAUCCGCGAGAUUGUCGCACGAGAGAGGGAUCUGAUCUUUCAGGAUCAGCCUUUUCCCCCGAGCUGUGAGAGAGAGGUACCGGGCCCGACAUUCAGCGUGGUGAAUACACGGCUCAACAACCGCGAGCUUCCAUCAACAAGUCGAGCCCGAGCCCUCUCUCUGAAAUCUCGGUUAAAAUAAAUCGAGAAUUCAGACUCCUCCCAUAAAUUUAAUCGAAAUCAAAGAGUAUUUAAAGAGAGAGCAUUUGGAGAAGAUUCAGUCUGACUUGGGCUGCACUCUGUGGACACCUGCUGUAACUGCACCUCUCAGCGCUCUGAAAGAAUAGUAUUAACGAGAGAGCACUUGUAAUAAGCACAGGAUCCAGACGAAGAAGACGAGAUGGCAGCUCAUACUUUAUGCAUGUUCUUACUUAUUGUCCACCUUCCUCUCGUAGGAGGCCUAGCUGUCGAUACGAUAUUAGGAGACCGAGUUCAGUUUCCAGAGACUGAACAGUGCAGGGAGACAGGAGCGACACUUCAGCACACUUUGACAGGUGGAAGCAGUCAGUCUGUGGCUCGUCUGGAGGAUGUCUGGAAGCCGGCAGCAGGUUACAAAGACCGGAUGAGUCCAAACGAGUCCGUGGUCUUAAACAGGAGCAACAUCAACGACCAGGGACUGUACGGGCUAACCUGCGGCUCAGAGGAGAAACUUAUCCAUCUGAAUGUCAUCACAUCCUCGGAGAAAUCAGUGCCUGAGGGACAGGCUGCUGGUUUUACCUUCCACUACUUUACUGCAGGAGAACUCGGGAGGUACAGAGUGGAGAGAAACACACAGCUUGUGUUUGAGCUGGACCUCUCCUCCGGGAGCAUCUCACAGGGCUCAGGGUUUGAGAACAGAACAUCUGUAGCCCCUCACUGGAGGUCAGAUGGAGACCUGACUCUGACCCUGCAGGGGGUGAAGCCCGAGGACCGAGGAGAUUACUUUCUCUACGUCCUCAAGGACAACAAGAGGGGACAUCUGCAGGCUGUGAGGAUGAGGGUCAGCCCUGCGCUGAAUACACCAGAGGAGAGGAACCCGGAACCGAUCACCUGCACCCCCCAGCCACCAUGCAAAGAGAAGACCGCUUUGAUCUGUGUCUCCGUAGCUGCUGUGCUUUUGAUUGCUGGAGCUUUUUUCUGUGGUCAGAAAAUGCCGAGAAUCUGCGGGUCAAAUGUCUCUGGAGGAGCCGCUGCUGGAGGAGCUGAGGGCUCCAACGGAAUUUGAGAUGCAACCUUACACCGACACUCCUGUUCUGGUAGUCGUGAAUGAUCAUGCUUGAUAACGGUGUUUAAUGUGAUGUAAUAUUGUUUUCAUUGUACAUGCUUUCUCCCGCCGUGGUGCUUUGUUAUUUAGUUGUCUGCAAAACACACACUUUAUUUUUCUACCUUCUCUCCCUUGACCCACAUUAUUUACUUAGCAGCAGGUGUUUAGUAUUAUUGCGCAGCUCAGUUGAAUACUCGUUUCUGAUUGGUCAAUUCGGACAUUUCAGAGGUUAUUAAUAUUCAAUAACAUACUGCUGCCAAGCAUAAUAUCACUGUUGCUUAUUUUUUUCAAUAAUGACCACCUAGCUGCAUAUUAUCCCUGAUACCUCUGAAAUGUCAAAAUUGAUCAGGAUAACACGUAGGCUACACAUGCAGAGUAAACAAUAAUCAUAAACGUAUAGAAAAAGUGAUACAAAAAAAACUAAAAAAGGUAUAAUUUCAAGUAAAAUAUUUAUCAAAUUUGAUUUUGAUAUCCUUCUAAUAUGUUAUAUUUUUAAUAGUGCCAUCUUCUAAGUAAAAAUGUGGUUGGUCAACAUUUGGUGUAGAAUGCAUUUCCUCUUGUGAAUUGGACAUAUUCCCAAAAAUAAAACGUGUUGUAUAAAAAAAACAAUAUUUGUAUUAAAUCCACCACCUUUAAAGUGUAUUAAAAUGUCCACAUUCAGGUACUGAUGGAAUAUGAUUUUCAAUUAUAUUUACAUUAUUAUUUAUUAACUUAGUUAUUUUAUAAUGCUGCUACUUUGUUUUAAAUCAUGGAUGUGCACUUAUAUUUUUUUAUUUUAAUAAUUUGAGUUUGCUUCUUUAAUAUAUUAAUCCACUCAUUACAAUUGUGUCUUUUUGUCCUCACUUUCCCUUUGCUGCAACUGUACAUAUCCUGCUGUGCGACAAAUUAAGAUACUUUGCCAAUCAAAUAAAUGUAAAAUGUGACCAUA